AUGUUCCCGGCACUGGACACGGGGCGCAAGCAUGAGAGCCUUUCUGAUCCUUAUGAAGAUUUUAUGUGCGUUCACCUCCGAUAUUACGGCUACUUUAAAGCUCAGAGAAGCAGUUUACCAAACUCUGCAACACAUCAGCAUGUCUGGAAGAAUAACUCUCGAUACCUGUUGAAGGCUGCAUUUGGGAAAAGAGAAAACUUGAUACUAGACUCCCUGCAAAAGGAGAAGCUUCCAUAUUCUCUUAUGCAGAAUUCAUCACUUCUGAAGAGUAAGCAGCUUCUGUAUGAUGAUCUGAGUGAUGUCAACCCACGGCUUCGGGAACCCCGCGAUCUCUUUGCACACUUGUCUAGCAGUGGGCCAGUGCUGGCGCCAAGAUGGCCAGUAGAAUGUGAGGUCAUCAAAGAAAAUGUUCAUCACAUUGAAUGGGUGCCACCUUAUCCAGAAUAUUUCUAUGAACCUACGGGGAAUGAAAAGAUGCCAGAAGUUGUAGGAGAGGAAAAAGGCACAGUUGUAUACGAAUUAGAUUCAGUGCCCACCGAAGGUUCCUAUUUUACCAGUUCCAGAGUGGGAGGUAAACGAGUUAUCAAGGAAUUCACUGUCAUGUUGCAAGGACCAGAUGAUAACACACUGCUCUUUGAAUCGAGGUUUGAGAGUGGAAAUCUGCAAAAAGCUGUCAGAGUCAACACAUAUGAAUAUGAACUAACUUUGCGACCUGAUCUCUACACAAAUAAGCAUACUCAAUGGUUUUAUUUUCGAGUUCAAAACACCAGGAAGGAUGUCACUUACAGAUUCACCAUUGUCAAUUUGCUAAAGCCCAAGAGCCUUUACACUACAGGCAUGAAGCCACUCAUGUACUCCCAGCUGGAUGCCGAUGUCCAUAACAUUGGCUGGAGGAGAGGAGGAAAUGAAAUCAAGUACUAUAAGAACAAUUCAGAUGACAGGCAACAGCCCUUCUACUGUCUCACAUGGACCAUUCAGUUUCCUCACGACCAGGACACUUGCUUCUUUGCACACUUCUAUCCGUAUACAUACACUGAUUUGCAGUGCUACCUCUUGUCAGUGGUAAACAACCCAGUGCAAUCUCAGUUCUGCAAGCUCCGUACUUUAUGCAGGAGCUUAGCAGGAAAUACUGUCUACCUGCUCACCAUCACCAACCCGUCCCGCAGCCCUAAAGAGGCAGCUGCGAAGAAAGCCGUGGUCUUCAGUGCAAGAGUCCACCCUGGGGAGAGUAAUGGCUCUUGGGUUAUGAAAGGCUUUUUGGACUUCAUCCUUAGCAACUCCCCAGAUGCCCAGCUCCUGAGAGACAUCUUUAUCUUCAAGGUGAUACCCAUGUUAAAUCCUGAUGGAGUGAUUGUGGGGAAUUACCGAUGUUCACUGGCUGGAAGGGAUUUGAACAGGCAUUAUAAGACCCUUCUGAAGGAGUCUUUCCCUUGCAUCUGGUACACCAGGAACAUGAUAAAGAGACUUCUUGAAGAAAGGGAGGUUCUCUUGUAUUGUGACUUCCAUGGCCACAGCCGUAAGAAUAAUAUCUUCUUGUAUGGCUGCAAUAACAACGAUCGCAAAUACUGGCUUCAUGAGCGAGUCUUUCCCUUAAUGUUAAGCAAAAAUGCACCAGAUAAGUUCUCCUUUCGUAGUUGUAAUUUUAAGAUCCAAAAAUGUAAAGAAGGAACUGGACGGGUUGUGAUGUGGCGGAUGGGAAUCCUCAACAGCUACACCAUGGAGUCUACCUUUGGGGGGUCCACCCUAGGCAAUAAGAGAGACACCCAUUUUACUGUUGAGGAUCUGAAAUCCCUAGGUUAUCAAGUCUGUGACACUCUUCUGGAUUUCUGUGACCCUGAUCAAAGCAAGUUCACACAGUGUCUAGCAGAACUCAGAGAACUUUUACAACAGGAAAUCAAUAAGAAAUUCAAUGAACUUGGACAAGAUAUGGAUCUAGAAGGAAGAUGGAGUGACAUCUCUUUGUCAGACAUUGAAUCGAGUACCAGCGGGUCUGACAGCUCCCUCUCAGACGGUCUCCCCCUUCAUCUACUGGACAUAACAGAUAAGAAGACGUGUAAGAAGAAGACGUGUAAGAAGAAGAAAAAGAAACUACUCCAGACUAGGAAACAGCGAAAUGAGCAGUAUCAGAAAAAUAAUUUGAUGCGAGAAUUAAAGUUCACCAAAGAUGGCCUUGGAAGGGCAGGAUUUGCUUCUCCUCUGCAAAAGCAGCAUACUUUUUUUAAUAAUUCAGAGACUCCUGGUUCUUCAACAAUGAAACAUGACAAACCAAGAUUAAAUGAGACAUGGUUAAGUGGAAGAGACAAAGACAUCUCCCUGGAUCCAUCAAAAAUCACCACCUUAAUUCUGGCUCAGACUAACAAGACAAUACAGAGCAAAACGUUGGACACUGCAGUAUCAUGCUCUCCAAAGAGAAGAGCACACACCAGCCAAGAGCCAACUCCAGGCAUAAAGACAAACUGGUCCAGGAGCAGAUACCAUGUUGUGAAGAGAGACCAUGCCACCAUGCCAGUAUACCCGUCCUUGCACGUAUACACCUACCCAUAG